AAGGCAGACUACUGCUGGCAAGCGGAGGCUCGCAGUGCUCGGCUACCUUUUUUUUUUUAGCUGUGAGAAGGAAAAAAAUAGUUAAAAAGUGUAGUCUGUCAUGGCCAACGCACACCGGAACAACGUGCUGGUCACGUCGUGUCUGAAGAGGCCGGUGGACCCUCACACUAAGACGCCAUUGGCCUGCUAUGAGCGGGAGAAAUUAGCGCCCUACUCGGCCACAGGUCACGUGGACAACCGGGACUACGAGAAGGAGGCGGAGUACGAGGACGCGGGGUCCGACGAGUGUGAUGGAGACUGUCCUCUGAGAAUGAAGGACAACAGAGCGGCGGCGCCAGCAGAGCGCAUGGACCUGCGUGAGAUCUUCUUCUCCAACGAGGAGUACUACAGCAAGCUGGAGGAGCUAAAGAAGGCUCACCUGCGCACCAUGGCCGAGCUGGAGAGCAUGUACCAUCACAAGCUGCAGCGCCACGGCAUGGACACCCUUGCUGGGGAGGCCGGUCAAAGCGCUCUAGCUCCACGCCGUCUGAGGAAGUCGCACUCUGCCAUGGAGCUCCGGAGAAGUUCUGGGUCGUCUGAGUCAUCGGACGAAGACGGUUGUUCCGACGUGGAGAAAGGCUUGCUGUUCUCUCCCAAGGAAUACAUCAAGAACAUGUGGAAGGGCUUCAAGCUUUCGCCUCGUAUUCGCCACCUGUCUUCCUCCCUGCCGGGAGACCACAGCGACUUCCAGCCGCAGAAAGAGAAGAGGCGGAGCCAACGGGUGACGGUCCCCAAGCCAUUCCGGAUGACGCUGCGUGAGGCGGAGCGGCGGAAGCGCGGCAUGAAGACGCGCACCGAGAUUGAAGUUGAGAACGCAGAGCUGCGACGACAGCUGGAGGAGCUAACCGAGUGCCAGAACAAGUUCCGGGCCAGCCCGGUUCCGGCGCACGUUCAUUUGCCGCUGUACGAGGAGCUGAAGGAACGCAACGAGGAACGCCGCAGGGCCAUGCGAGAGCAAGAGGAGCGCCACCUCCGAAAUCUUUCCAAGCCCUUCAGCUUCCUGGAGAGGGAGCGACUGAAGAAGGAGCAGCGCCAGCAGCACCAGCAGCCUCCCGAGCAGGACCGGGUCAAGCCUUUCAAAGCCAAGCCGGUGCCAAAGUCCGUGUACUCGGCGGCGUCUGUCGAGUUGAGGAAGGAGGAGCAGCUGUACCGCUCCAUCCAGAAGCAGAUGAGAGCCCAGGAGAUGCUCCACAGCGCCUCCAGCGCUCCCAGCAUGCUGGACCAGAGACUUUGCGAGAGAAGGAAGAACAAGGACGGCGGCAAAGAUGGCAGCCCAGUCUUCUCCCACAAGCCCCACAUCAACAAGGAAGUUCUGGACUUCGACGCCAGUUACAAACGCUUCCAGAAGAGCAUGGAGAGGAGGAAAGAAGUGAAGCCGACGACGUCGUGCGAGCCCUUUGAGUUGAGGACGUCUCGGGUCUCCUCUCAUCGUCAGCGCAUUGCGGCAGACACGGAGAAGGAGCAGAGCAGCCCGCGCUCUCUGCGAUGGCCGUACGUCGGCUCCCCCAAGAGCGUCCGCACACCAAACUCCAGCCUGUGUUCAUCCCUGUCUGGGAGCAUGGAGCUGCUUCCCGCCAAAAUCACAGACGCCACCAAGAAACGCCACGAAGCCGUGAGACAGGUGCUGGAGCAGAGGAGGAGAGCGGAGCAAGAGGAGGAGCGCUGGAAGGAGCGACAGAAGGAGCGCGAGAAGAAGCUGCAGAAGCUGGUGCAGAAGCGUGCCCAUGCCAACGACCCCCACCUGGCGCUUUCGCAGACCCACAACAGCAAACUCAAAGAGUUCAGGAAACAAGACCGCCAGCGUAGGAAGGAGUAUCAGCAGGAGAUCAAGGAGAUCAAGGAGCGAGUGAAGGGGAGGCCACUCUUACUGGAGCAGGUUGCUCAGAAGAACGCCAAGCAGGCGGCAGAGAAACGCUUCAGUGACACCUUGCAUGGAUGCCACCUGAGCGAGGAGUUCAUCAACAGAAAAGCAGUGACGUCACGUCCACGCCAGGCGGAUGACACUCGUGACUUACCAGAGUCAGAGGGCGUCCCGUUGGAGCCUGUACCUUACAGAAAGGUCUUUCUGGAUAAUGAAGACCAGGAGGUGGAAUCUGAGGAGAGGGUAUCAUGUGAUGGAAGCGAGGAUGAAGAUGAGCGGCAUUCCCUGGAAAGUUGUGACUACUCAGACGACCACGACAAUUAUUCUGAUGGCAGCGAGCAGGAGGCGGAGGAUGCUGACAGCGGGAAACAGGAAGAGGAUGUACAUCACCCUUAGCAUCUUUCCAAACUCAUCAUUGAGGAACAAUGUGGAAAAUGAACAUAAUUUGGACAUACAAUGUUCUAUUAUUCCAUUGAGAUUUCAUCAAUAGUUGGUGUAUAGAUUGCUCAAUAAAAUUAACUCAAGUGAUAACUUUAAAAACAAUUUGACUUAUUAGUGAUGUUUACCGUAAAUUAGUGAGUAAUAAAAUGAUUAUAAAGUAAUAAGUACUACUGAUGUAUUUACU